GACGACGACGCAGACCUUUUACCCGCAGCCCAACUGGAAGCCCUUCUCCAUGCGGUGGCCGUACCUGACGGGCCUCGUCGUCGUCUCGCUGGCCCUGGCCGUCAUGCAGGAGGUGCUGUUCCAGAUGUACAAGGAGAAGCCGCUGGUCAAGUUCACGUCGCCGGACCAGGUGAAGCAGGGCGUCUACUUCGUCAUCAAGUUCGCGCCCACGCUGCUGGCCGUCAUCUACGGCGUGCUGUGGCAGUUUACCGACUUUGAGGUGCGCCGCCUCGAGGCCUUUUACCAGCUGUCCAAGGAGGAGGGCGCGACGGCGUCCGACUCCAUCAACAUCGACUACGCGACCAGCUUCAACUUCUUCCGCCCGUUCCGAGCCCUCAAAAGGGGGCACUACGCCGUGGCGGUGUCCUCCAUCGCGACCAUCCUGGCCGUGUCGCUGGUGCCGACGUUUGCCGCCGCCGCGGUGGUGCUCAGUCCGAGCCGGGCAGAGCGCAUGGCCAACCCGUCGGGCUACAAGACGCUCGGCUUCAGCCCCGUCUGGUCGCGGCUCCUGACGGCGACGCUCGGCGUCAUCGCCCUCCUGGCCUGCAUCCUCUUCUACCUCCUGCAGUCGCGCAAGUCGGGCCUCCUGUCCGACGUCCGGGGCAUCGCGGGCCUAGCCUCGAUGGCGGUGGUGAGCCACAUCCUUAUGGACUUCAAGGACAUGGACACGGCGCCGCACGGCGACAUCCACAACCGGCUCAAGUACAACCGCUACGUGCUGCGCAACUCGUCGCUGGCGCCCGACGACGCGAACCCGGUGAUGCUUCGGGACAAGGAGCGGUCCGAGGACGUCGACCUGCCGACGAACCCGCACCCGGUGCUGCUCCGCCCGGCGGGCAUCCUCUCCAUGACGGUCGGCCUCUGCCUCUUCACCGGCUUCAUCCCCGUCUUCCUCUUCACGCCGGCCACCAUCGUGACGGACCGGGCGCCCUGGGUCGUCACCGUCCUCGCCGUCCUCCUCAAGAUGGCCUGGGGCGGCAUGGAGACGGCGGUGCGCAUGAUGGAGCCCUACUACAUCCUCUCGCGGCGGCACGCGCCCGCCAACACUCUCCUCCUCGACUACACCGCUCUCCCCUUUGGCUACAUGCCCGUCCGCGCCCUGCUCAACGGCCACCUGCUCGUCUUCGCCGUCGGCUUCGGCAGCGUCAUGGCCGAGUUCCUCACCGUCCUCGUCGCCGGCCUGGCCACCGUCGACGGGCACGACUUCCUCCUCGUCUACAGCGACGAGGACAAGACGUGGGAGAUCAACUCGGGCACCGAGACGGUCAAGUCCUUUUACGUCUCCGUCGCCCUCUCCCUCUUCAUCCUGCUGUACAUGAUCGCCGUCGCCCUCGUCGUCUUCCUCCGCCGGCGGCACCCCUUCCUCCCGCGGCAGCCAAACACCAUCGCCUCCGUGUUAGCCUACAUCCACCAGAGCAAGAUGCUCUACGACUUUGUCGGCACCGAAAAGUUCUCGUCGGCGCAGCUCAGGCAGCGGCUCGGCGAGGGCAAGACGUACGGCCUGGGCUGGUUCGUCGGCAGGGACGGGCAGAAGCACUGCGGCGUGGACCAGGAGGAGCUGAUUUGCAAUUACAAGCAUGGGAUUAGCUUGAGGCAGGGGACGCAGCCGUGGAAUAUCCAGUGGGAUGUUCUCUAAGGGCUU